AAAAAUAUUGAAAAUUUAUAAUGUGUUCUCCUUGCGGACCGUGCAGCCCCUGUGAUCCAUGCUGUGGGCCAUUUGAGUGCUCGCCAAAAUGCUACAAUGCCGCACAAUUGGAAGCUCUGCCGCAAUGUGCACCGCGCAUCCCGCCGCCAUUUCCCAAGUGCAUUACGGUGCAACAGCCGCCUCGUCUGAUAUGCAAGAAGAGAGUGGUUUUUACGGAGAAAAUUGUACCAGAGCCCAUGGUUGUUAAUCGCUGUAGACAAAUCACAGUGCCAAAAGUGGUGGAUGCAACGCGUGUUAUCAAAGUGCCAAAAUUGAUUUGGGUCUCGCAAAUGGUUCGGGAGCCACGUGUCAUAUAUUAUCCGUCCAUGAUUCCGGAUCCAUAUGUCGUCUGUUAUCCGAAGCGUGUGUGCGAGCCCAGAGAAGUCUGCCAGUCGAUAUUGUGUCAACCGAAGCCUCAGACUAUCGAUAUACCGCCUCCCAGGGAAUAUUGUUGCUAUCCAAAUGGACCGAUUAAUUAUAAACCAAGUGCCGCUUGUCCUCCUUGUCCAAUUGGACCAUGUGCACCUGGAGGUGCGUGUUGUCCACUUCCAUGUUUCUCCACCAAUCAAUAUCCCGUAUGUGAGACACGUUGUGGUCCCUGUGGACCUUGCGGCCCCUGUGGACCGCGUGGACCAGGUCCGUGCGGACCUUGCGGACCAGGCCGUUGUGGACCCUGUGGACCGUGUGGCGGGCCCUGCGCUGUACCGAAUUGUGGACCCUGUGGCCUAACAAUGCCAUCCGGACCCUUUAUUCCCGCUCCUUGUGGUCCAUGCGGAACGGGCUGUGGACCAUGUGGAAACGGACCAUGUGGUCCUUGCGGACCAUGCGGACCCUGCUCGCCCCCUUGCCCCUACGAAUCGCCCGAGUGUGGACCAUGUUACCCGUGUGCUCCAACUCCGUGGAACACGCAUUGUGGACCAGUUGGACCGUGUGGUCCUCAAGUUCCCUGUGGUCCAUGUGGUCCUUGUUAAUCAGUUAAAUAUUGAAACGGAACACGUUAGUCAGUUAUAUAUUUAUAUAUUUACGGGUAAAUAAAUUGCUGUGCUGCCUUUUCUUCGUUUGGCCUAAAAUUGAAA